AUGCCAUCAAACCUCUGAGGGGCGGGACGACAAGCACACGUCGAGCGCUGACUAAGAGCGCCCUUGAUGCUAUUGUUUACUACUUCAACAACAAACGUAGGUAAACCUUCUAGCAGCCAAGCAGCCAUGAUUCCAGCCUCGCCCACGAAAAUUUAUUAGGUAUUGUUUUUUUCGAAGCCUAUUUAUUAAAGUUACGCAGUUGGUAACCUUCCAAAAUUCUAACUAACCCAAAUUAGAACCUAAUGUGUGAGUGUUGCAAGUACUGACGUAAGACUCAUCAGAUGCAUUCAAACCACAAACAGGCGUGAUGAGUAGACGAGCACAAGUCGAGUACUAAGUACUGACUAAGAGCGCCUUUGAUGCCAUUGUUUACAACCUAAACAACAUAAGUAAGCCUUUUAGCGGCCAAGCGGCCAUGAGGUUAACCUCGUAAGCCCGGAAUUUGCAUACUGACGUAUUUUUCUUGUGCAUCCUGUAAUGGUUAUUGCGGGUUAGGAUCUUUAAAUCCUAUGUUUUUUUGUUAUUUGGCGUCAACUCCACAUUAACCAAACGUUUCGAAUUUGCUAAUUUUAAAAUACCUGUGGCUCUACAAUACAAGUAGUAGGAACCAUUAUGUCCUAAAACGACAUGAUCCGAACGGUUGAAGAGAGCACUGACGUUGUUAUGUCAAGUAAAGUGGUUAAAGCAAAUUAUCUUCAUUGACGUGGCAUUCAAUCUGUAAGUAUUGAGUCUAGACUCUUCGCCGUCUAGGACAUCUAUGCCUAUUUGGAUAAGUUGGUACAUACGAAUAGCAUUAUAACUGUAUCGCUCACUUUUUUAGGGUUUCGUACCCAAAGGGUCAAACGGGACCCUAUUACUAAGACUCCGCUGUCCGUCCUUCCGACCGUCCGUCCGUCCGUCCGUCUGUCACCAGGCUGUAUCUCAUGAACCGUGAUAGUUAGCCAGUUGAAAUUUCUACAGAUUAUGAAUUUCUGUUGCCGCUGUAACAACAAAUACUAAAAACAGAAUAAAAUAAAUAUUUCUUUCCAAUGUCGAGGUUCUCAUCCAAUCACUGAAGUUAAGCAACGUCGGGCGGGGUCAGUACUUGGAUGUGUGACCAUUUUUAUAGAUAAUGGUACGGAACCCUUCCUGUGCGAGUCCGACUCGCACUUGGCCGGUUUUUAAAUACAAUAAGCAAUUCAUCCUUGUUUAUAGGCUUCAAAAAAUACUUCAUUUCGUAUUACGAGACUUAAGUGGAUCGUUUUCUUAACGCUGAAUAUCUCAUUCAGCGCGCUGUAAACAGUUUAAACCACGAUUAAUCAACCCACGCAGUAUUGUGCGAUAAUAAUUAAGUAAACUGUAAUAAGUGCCUAAAAGCGCCGGGGCACCGACAACUUCUUAAGAAUAUCUUUUUCGUGUAGGUGUCUGGCCUACACCUGUAUAUAAAGGUGUGGAGAUGAGAAUUUCAAAUCUUAAAUGAUACUGCCAGGGUAAUUAAUAAACACGAGAUUUUGUUUUGUCCGUAGCGGUUCUUUAAACGGCUAGAGCUAGCUAAAUAAAAUGCUUUAGGUAUUGGUUGCUGAAUAAAAUGUACUUUUAAAGUUUUUUUUUUCAGAAAAGAAAUACUUAUGUACUCUGGUCUCGCAACUUGCCCACCGUGGAUGUUUGUAAGCUGUCACCGCAGCGGGCGGAGCGCUCGCUGGGCGCGGCGCGGCAAGCCCGGGUUCACAUCGCUUCAGUGCUCUCCCGGCUGCCGACCCGGUUGCUCCCGACCGCCGGCCCCGCCCGCGAUCCACGACUAACUUAUCGCGAGUUGUGCACAAUGGGAACCAACCUAAUCGCCACUUGAGUCGGGUUCGUUCGAAGUGCUCGCGUCAACAGUUCACAAAGGAAGGAUUGAAAACUGCUAGUGUCCUGGAUUGUGCCGGGAAUCGAGAGGAUUAUGGAAUUCAUAUUUUAUGGAUCAAAAUAAAUGGGGAUCCUGAAAAUGAAUUUUAAGAAGAGAAUACUUUGCAGUGUCUGAAGAACUGCUUGAUCGAAGAAUUUAAGCAAACGAAAAAGCAACAUAUCCAUGAUGAGAAUCGUGAUAAGCGGUGCGAGUGCGCGGACAGGAGUGGUGGUGUUGGUGGUGGCGAGCAGCGCCGGUGUGUCGGCGCGCGUAGCUGGCAAGGUUGGCGGCUACUCCAACAAGAGCAGCGGUAAAUCAACAAGUGGCAUCAACGAGGAAAUCAUCUGGGUCAGCAUAGGCAUGGCGAUAGCGAUAGCCGUACUCAUAACCAUCGCGCUCUGCUACAUUCUCUGCGAGAAGUGCUCUAAGCGGCGCGCGCACCGCGAGCAAUCAUGACGAUACAAGCAGGAGUUCACGCGCCACGCGCUGUCGGACUCCCUCGUCGACCUCGAUUUUCCCCACUACACCCUCUACCCCCAGUACUCCCCCGACGGAAAAGAGUACUACUAC